CUUGCCUAGAGCUGGGGACACUGUGUGGGCCUGGGCACUGGAUUCACAACCAUCCACAGUGGUCCCAGUUUAUCCUCCCAACCUGUCCCAGGAGCACUGGUGGGGAUGGUGUCCAAGGGACCAGUCACCACAUUCCUCUGUCUUCUCCUUGGUGCCUUCACAAGAGGGGCCAGCACCCAGCAGGCUUUCACAGUGGAGCCAGAUAACAUCACAGUCCUGGAAGGGGCCGUGGCUAUCUUGCAGUGCGUGGUGGACAAUCCCUCAGGCGUGGUCCAGUGGGUGAAGGAUGGGUUGCUGCUAGGACCAGACACAAACAUCCCCAGCUUCCCCCGCUACAGUAUGAUGGGAGACCCCAGCAAAGGGGAGCACCACCUGCAGAUCGUGGACAGCCGGCUGGCAGACGACGGGGACUAUGAGUGCCAGGCGGGGCGCUCCAAGGAGAGCCCAGGCAUCGUGUCGCACACGGCACUGCUCAGUGUGCUGGUGCCUCCCAAGACACCUGUCUUCAAGGAGUAUGAGGCCAACAGCACCGUGACCUGGGUGGCCGGCGUGGAGUACACGGUGACCUGCAGUGCCGGGGACGCCAAGCCGGCUGCGGAGAUUUCCUUCAGCAAGAGUGGCAGCCCCCUCCCCGACGUGUCACACCAGGUGCACUCCGGGUCCAGCGAGAAGCUCUCCAGCACCAUUGCCGUGCUCAGGGUCACCCCACAGAGCUUGGACAACGGGAAGCGUCUGGUCUGUGCAGCCACAAAUGAGGCCGUCUCGGCCGCUGUGGUGGCUGGCUUCACUAUGAACAUCUUGUUCCCACCUCAGCCACCCACCAUUGAAGGAUACAAACGCCCCGAAAUCAAAGCUGGAGAGACCCUGAAACUCAUCUGCAUCUCGCUGAGCGGGAACCCACUGGCCACGCUGCAAUGGCUAAAGAACGGGAACGUGAUUUCCACCAGCUGGGAGACGGAGGAUGCCAGCAGCGCCUCCCGCAGCCUCCUGACGCUCAGCAUCAAACCCGAGGACAACGGGGCUCAGCUGCGCUGCGAAGCCAUGAACCAGGUGUCGCCCCUGCCCCUGGUGGCCAGCGUCACCCUGCGUGUGGUCUUUCUCCCCACAGAGGUUUCCAUCCUGGGCUCCAGCAGUACCCCGGAGAACAAGCAGAUCUCGCUGUCCUGCUCCACCACCCCCAGCAACCCCCCGGUGCAGCUGCGCUGGUGGCUGGGCUGGCGGGAGCUCACCACCACUGAGGUCACCGUCACCGAGGCAGCACACGGCGGGACAGUGACCGUCUCCAACCUGACACACAUGGCCCGGCGCGAAGAGAACGGGCUGCCCCUCACCUGCGAGGCCUUCAACGAGGUUGUGCUCUUCACCCGCAGCACCAGUCUGCCCCUCAGCGUGAAGUACCCACCCCAGAAGGUUUGGAUUGAGGCCCCGCCCCCUGACAGCCGAUUCCGGGCUGGCACUAAGGUCAGGCUGACCUGCUUUGCCAGUGGGGGGAAUCCGGCCCCCCGCCUCGUCUGGAUCAAGGACACCAAGUCCCUCAAGGAGGGGACCCAGGUGGCCUCCGGCAAGAUCGUCUCCAAAGAGCUGAUCCUGACCACUAGCCCCAGCGACAACCUGGCCAUCUACCGCUGCAACGCCUCCAACGACGGCAAGAGCCCAGCGCUCACGGCCCAGACCCGCCUCCGCAUCCAGUUUCCCCCCAUAGACGUGAAGAUCACGACCAUGGCCAAAGAGGUGCGACGUGGCCAGACACUGACCCUGACCUGCGUCACCGGCAGCAGCAACCCCUUCGCCACCCUGGCCUGGUUCAAGGACGCAGAGAAGCUGAAGGGUGUGGAUCUGGGCCAGAAGCCGGCAGAGUUCGGGGGUCUCUCCACCUCGGGGAAGGUGACCCUGGUAGUGUCAUCCUCUGACAAUGGUCAGCGGGUGACGUGCCAGGCCUACAGCUCCAUCCUGGCUGAGGCAGUCAACACCUUCUACAAGCUCAACAUCCUGUAUCCCCCCGAGUUCUCGUCGGAGCAGCCGGCUGUGGCCCAGGGUGUGGAACAUGGAGCCGUGGAGCUGCCCCUGCACGUCUCCGCCAACCCCCCCAAAUUGAACUGCAGCUGGAGCUUCCGUGGGAAGGUGCUGAGACCAGAGGGGUCCCCCCGGCACCACCUGCGAGCAGGGGGCAGCCUGGCCAUCUGGAACCUGAGUCGAGCCGACAUGGGUCAGUACCGGGCACGGUGCCAGAACCCCGAGGGGCAGAACGAGACCCACCUCCACCUGGAUGUGCACUAUGCCCCCUCCAUCCGCAGCCUGGGGGACCCCGUCUAUGUGGACCUGGGCGCCACGGCUGAGCUUGUAUGCGUAGCCAAUGCCAACCCCAUCCCUGAGGGCAUGUUCCAGUGGACGUGGUUGGGGGCAGAGGAGCGCAGCCUGGAGGAGCUGGAGCUGGAGCCGGAGGCCUCGGGGGCUGUGGGGCGGCUGCGGAUCCGGGGGGCCCGGCAGGCACAGGCCGGGCUCUAUGAGUGCCGCGUGGACAACGGGCUGCCCCCCCCAGCCCGGGGCAGCGCCCGCCUCAUCGUGCGCUUCAAGCCAGAGAUCGAGAAAGGCAUGGGGCUGGGGAAGGUGGCCAUGCCCGGGGACGGGAGCUCGCCCGCCACCCUGCUGUGCCGUGCCCAGGGGGUCCCCAGCGUGCAGUUCAGCUGGACCAAGAACGGAGUGGCCCUGCACCCUGACAACCCCAGGUACACGGAGCGCACGUGGCACGAGGGCGCCUGGCACAGCAGCACCCUGACCAUCGCCAAUGUCAGCGCCAUGCACGACUACGCCACCUUUACCUGCCGUGCCAGCAACGCAUUGGGCACGGACAAACUGGACAUCCAGCUCCUCAGCACCAGCCCCCCAGACCCCCCCACAGGGUUAAAGGUCGUGAGCGUCACCCACAAUUCAGCCACCCUGGAGUGGAUCCCCGGAUUUAAUGGGGGGCUGCCCCAGAGAUUCCGCAUCAGGUACCGCUGGCCAGGCGCCCCCAGUGCCCUGUACAUGGACGUCUUCCCCGCCAAGACCUCCGCAUUCACCCUGACGGGGCUGAGCCCAGCCACCCCCUACAGUAUUGGUGUCAGCGCCCACAACACCCUGGGGGAGAGCGCCCAGGGCCCCAGCGUCACCGUCACCACUGCAGAGCUGCCCUUAGAGGAGCUGCCAGUUGUGGAGCCUGAAGCGCCGAAAACAGAAGCCCCAUCGUUGCCCCCAGCCCUCAUUGGGGGGCUGAGCGCACUGGGGGCCCUGCUGCUACUCUCCAAUGCUGCCCUCCUCGCCUGCCUGCUCAGACGGCGCCAGGCCUGGGCAGGUGUCCGGGAGGAGACCAAGGAGAGGAGGAAGCCCAGUGCUGGGAAUGACUACAACUUGGGGGAAGCAGUGAAUCCAGCGGCACGGCAGACACUCCUGGACAGUUACUCAGAGAGGAGUGCGUCCUCUGGGGGCAGUUCAAGAGGCACCUGGCCGGGGUACUUGCCCAGCCGUGAGCAUCGACCCCAGCUGCUCCCCCACCCCGAAAGAGCCGAGGGGGAAACAGAUGCCAGCACCACAGAUCCCUUUGCCAUUCCAGACUCUAGGUUCCCUGCACGCGGGCCCGGCCCCUCAGUCCCCCAUGAAUACGAGGAUGUGAUGGAGCCUGGGGUCUAUGAGGAACUGGGGGCACUACACCUGCGAGCUCCUGCCCCACUGUACCCAGGGGCACUACCCUGCCGGGACCAUGUGGGCACCUAUCCAUGGAGGGGCUGGUCCCUGGCUGACUCUGAGGACCCCCUGAGGAUCUACGACCAGGUGGCAGACACUCCACCCCCUGCAGCAGAUGAGGGGCUGCCCUUUGAGCUAAGGGGGGAGCUGGUGUGAGGAGACCUACGCUGGCAGCCUGAUGUCUGUCUGACCAUAGAAUAAACCUCCUGAAACCCA